AUAAAAGCGUAGGGCUGGUAAGACUUGUCUCGAUACACUGCAUUGCUAACUCAUUUAGCUGAAGCCCGCCUUCUUUCCAUUGAUGCUAAUCUGUCAGCUGCAUCAUAGCCUUAGGCAGAACAGGCCAUGGCAUUGCUAAAUCAUAGCUAACGUAACAAUUUAGACAGGAACAAUGUCACAGGUUGUCAUCAAUGAUUGGCUUUGGUGGUUGGCAACCAACAUAAAUAGAGGGGACCCUUCUGUAUGAUCCAGCAGCUGGAUCCUAGAAGGUGUAUGAUCCAUCUCUCCUUCGUUCCUUUCCCUACUCUACAGCCCCAGGCAGCAAAAAAUGGAUCUCAUUGAUAGCCAUGUGAAUGGAGAGGUCAAUGGCAAUUAUAUUGACCACUACAAUGGGGUGGCAGCAGACAUGAAGAAGGUUUUAAAGUUGCACAAACACAGUCAGAGCAAAACUGAAAAGGAAGAGCUGCUGGUUUUGGAAGAUGCAUACAGUAACAUCCUGAGUGAGCUGGGAGAGGACCCCGAGAGGGAAGGUCUUCUCAAGACACCCAGCAGAGCAGCCAAGGCAAUGAAAUUCCUCACCAAGGGAUACAAGGAAAGCAUCUAUGGUGAGUCCCCCAUUCAUUUCAUUUACAAUUCUACAUGUCCUGAAAUGUGUGAUAUUCUUUUAUUAUUGUAUGGAUUCAUUGGCAUAUUGAAGCAUACAAUGGGGCUAUAUCUGGUGAUCAAGGAAUUAUUAACACCCAUCACUCUAAGCCAAAGAAAAAUUGCAGCCUAUUACAGAUUCAGAGUCUGUCUCAUUUAUGAUGCAUUGUAUUUUAUUUCAACCCACUAGAAAAAAAUUUAAAAAAAAAUAAAAAAUGAAUGAAUAAGAUUCUGCUCUUCUUUGAAUUUUAGAAUCUACUCUUCACAGUCAAAUAUUCACAUUCUUUUUUCAAACAGGCUUGCCAUAACAGCAUUGACAAGCACGCAUGAAAAAACUACUGAUAAAAAGUACUUCUUCUGUUUUAGGGGAACAUCUGGCUAUUUAUAGGUUAAGAAACUUGCUGCCUUUUUUUUGUUUAUUAUUAUUAUUAAUGUAAUAAUAUGCUAGUUAUUUAAUAAUGAAUCUUCUUUAAUUUUCUUUAAACAUAUGAAUUUGUUUUGCUUUAUAAGCCCACCAUUUGUACACACCCUGCAGUUUAAAAAAAAUGUUUCACUACAGUAGAAAGUUGACAUUUAAACUACAACUCCCAGAAACUCUUGGCAAGCAAAUAUGGGCCCUAUAAGAUCACUUUCUGAUUUGGCGAGUAUCAGAAUACCAGAUAUAAUUAUAUAUAUAUAUAUUUUUAAUUAUUGUUCUUGCAUAUACAUUUUAUGAUAUUAUUCAUAUAGUGAUAUUAGAGGGGCAUGAUCUAUGCACUAAAAGUGCUUAAUUAAGUCAUCUUGAUGCCUAUAGCAUCCCUUUUAAAUAAUAAAAUGGAUGUAAAACUGUGAGUUGUAGCUCAUGAAUACCAACAAGAAUAAUGGAAUAAUAAAAAAUGCUUAAAAUAUAGUUUUGUUUUUUUUAAAUCCUUUGAAAAUAGUUUGAUCGUACAAUGUGAAAAAAAAAAAGGGACACUAUAAGAACCAAAACAAUUUUAGCCUAAUUACGUGGUUUUGAUGUAUAGAUCAUGACCCCGCAGUCUCACUGCUCAAUUAUCUGCCAUUUAGGAGUUACAUUACUUUAUUUAUGCAGCCCUAGCCACACCUACCCUGGCUGAGACUUACACAGUCUCUCUGCACACUUCCUGAAAAAGAGUCUUCAUUUUUUGGCUUCCCUAUUGCACAGUGCAUUUAAUUUAUAAUUGAUCUCUCAUUUGUUUAAUAGCCUACCACAGCCUCGUGAUUUUAAUUUAAGGUCAAUUAACAGAACAGGAGCAAAAAAUGAACUUCUGAAGUAAACACACUGUGCAGCAAAAUCUGAAAAUAAAACCAAUUUUUCAUAGAGGUUGUGUAGAGUCUGAGCCAAGGGAGGUGUGGCUAGGGCUGUAUAAACAGAAACAAAAGUAAUUUAACUUUUAAAAGGCAGAUCAUCAAACAGUGAGACUACAGGGGCAUGAUCUAUACACCAAAACUGCUUCAUUAUGCUAUCAAAUGUAAGAUAACUGUAGGACAAUUACAUGUGUCAGAUAUUUAUUUAGUUAUGUACUAUUUAAAAACCAGGCAUUCAUUUUCUGGGAAAAAAUAAGGAAGGCCUUUAGCUAACAUUAGCUAACAGCACAAUAAUCUCCAUUUCUUAUAGAUAUACUCAACAAUGCUAUAUUUGACGAGGACCAUGAUGAGAUUGUUAUCGUAAAAGAUAUUGACGUAUUUUCGCUCUGUGAACAUCACCUCGUACCAUUUUUUGGAAAGGUAUGUGGAAUUUAUUGAAAUGAUAAUUUUUAGUAAAAUUGUAAGCAAAAUUGUAAGCAACACGUGUGACGGUAGUCACCAUCACUGGGGAUGGAAGACAGACACUAUGUGUGGAUCCCCAGAUUCCUUUUGUGUUUUGGUCACCCUGUGCCCAUUAUUGUUGCAGAGUUUGUUGAAUGUAUUGCUUGUUUGUGCCUCUCGCCCUCCUCCUUAUUCCUGUCCUAUUGUUUCCCCAGCAGGGCAUUGUCCCAGGGACACUGCCAGAUCAGUUUAAACUAGCUGUUCUGUCCCUCCUCAAUCUCCCAUCAGCCCUUGCUAUUGUCUGGCCCCACACUUCCCUGUACUAUAGUGCUAUAUGUACCCUAUUGUGUGUAAAUGAGACUGUUGGGGGCUUAAAAUGUGUGCUAUGUCUAUUAAAGUUAGUUGCUGUUUUAACCUUCACUAAGUGUCAUCUGGUGUUUAGGGGAAAGGGAUAUAAUCUGCUGAUGUAAAUUGUGUCCAGGGCUUUAAACGCAGUAGCCUUGUACAGGGUGAAAAAGGCCCUCAGUGAUCCCAGUCAAGCCUCGGCGACUGGGUCUAAAGUGCUCCAGGGUCCCUGAUAGCUACAAGGAAACAGACUUGGCGGAAGUACUCGGUCGGAGUACUGGAGCUCCGUCACAACAUGAGUAUUUCAUACAUUGUACUUAAAUGUAGGAAUGGACUGGACAGUCGAAUGGGGCUGAGAAAAAUCACCAGCAGCCUCUGGUUCAUGUAUCUCUCAGAUAGAAGGAAAACAAAUAUAAAUAAAAACUAAUUGUAUUUCAACUCAUCUUAAAAAUCACUUCUACAUAGUAGCUGUGUGGUGCCAUGAGUGCCCUAGCACCAUCCUCUGGUAAGAAGUCAGACUGUUUUAGAAUGAUUUAACAACUUACCUGGGUUCCUCUUGGCCUGCACUGCAUCAGCCACAUCUAGUCUUUUUCAGCAGGAGAACCUGGAUUGUUCUAUAGAGCAAAGCAAUCUGAUGUGUGACCGCGCUCAUUGGUUAAAAAUGCUUAGUUGCCGCUAAUGGAAGUGAUCUUGCUUUAGGAGUUAAAAUUGAAGUAUUCCAUGUAUGAUGUCAAAGUUCUUUGCUUUGCUACUGAACUUAAUCUUCUAACGCAGAAAUAGCAACAUUGCACAUAUACAAACCCCUUUAUAUCUUGUUUUUACGUCUCUGUAUCGGCAGGUACACAUUGGAUAUUUACCAAACAAAAAGGUUGUUGGAUUGAGCAAACUGGCAAGGUAAGACCAAAAGCAAAAAAAAAUAAUAUAUAUAAUAUAUAUAUAGAAAAAAACCAUGGAAAUGAUGUGACAUCCACUACAUAUCGCCUUUAACCCCUUAAGGACCAAACUUCUGGAAUAAAAGGGAAUCAUGACAUGUCACAUAUGUCAUGUGUCCUUAAGGGGUUAAACUUUAGGAAACUUCAGAUAGGAUUUUAACAAUGUUGUACAGAAUUAUUCCUCUUAUUUCCCCUUCUCUUUGCUCUCUCUCUAUUCCAAAUGGUUGUCAUUGACUUGUAGUAAAUUACCUUCAUUUUAAUAUACAGUAAAGUAGGAUGGUCUGUUUUUUUUUUUUUUGCUCUUUUUUAUUACAAACUCAUAACUUACAAAACCAUAACUUCUUACAUAAAAUAUUGUUAAAUCAGUGUCUUGAAGAAUAUGAACUUUAAAAUGUUUUGCUUUGUUUUAGGAUUGUUGAAAUCUUUAGUCGAAGGCUGCAAGGUUUGUACAUUUUAUUUAAUCAUUUCCGAUUUAAUUAAAUGUAUACCCCUGGUACUGUGUCGUAGAGGUCUGCAAUGUUGUUUGCUAUAUAUCUGGCAAACGAUGUGAAGUUAUUGUGCUACAUAUCAAGUGCUAGGCUGCCCUCAGCAUUUGUGGAACGUUGCACCUUGUGCUAAUUCUUGAAGGGCCUGUUCUACACCUUUGCACACUGUGAUAACACUCAUCAUAUCUGAUACAUAUCCAUUAAUUCAGUGUUUUACAACAUUCUUUUGACCAGGUGCUGCAGGGACAUGAUUAGACUGGAUUAUGCCAGCCAAAUAUUGUUAUAACUUAUUUGUACAGUUCACAUGACAUUCACAGGACUAUAUGCUCUGUUUAACUAGAAUAACUUAACCUAGUUUUAUAAACAGAAAAAAAAAAAAACAACAAUACGGUAGGAACUUUGAAGGGACAUUGUUAUGAAACAGCUAAACGCAUUUCUUCUUAAAAUGUAUUAAAGUAUUCUAAAGUGUUAAAGAACUUUAAAUAUCACCAAUACAUUAUGCUAGCAGAAAUGUAGUACCCUUUAAAAUGUUGACCCUUCUCGCACCUGUCAGUUGUCAACAUUGGUCUAAGCAGAGGACUGAGUGACAGGGAGAGUAAGAGAACCAUGUCACAGGUGGUUUUAUGCUCCUUGUCACUAUGCUACUGUCCCAGACCCUCCUUACACUUGUAAGAAGGUAUAGGAUGCUCCAGCGCUGAUGUGCUAGAAGUGGAGACAAAAAAAUUAAAAUCAUAGACAUCACUAUGGUAAAUUAGAUAUUUACAAUCUUGGUGUUCUAUAUUAAAGUGAAACCGUCAUGGCAGGUUCACUUUAAAAACCAAACGCAGAUGGGACAGGUACAUGGCAGAAAAAAAUAUAACUUUUUAUCCUACAACUGCUAAUGAAUACAAGCUCUACAUAUUAAAGGUCAAGAACUGAUAAACUAAGCCAUGAUUACUAGUGUCCUUGUCACAGACAUAGCCCUCUUUAUUAUUCUGUAAAUUAUAUUAUUUUUGUUCCGCAAUAAAUUAUCCUGACUUCCUUGACUACAAGUUCCAGCUGAACCUAAGCUGGAACAAAGCAUUUAUGGGGCCUUCCUGCUUCAAGUCAUUGCAAAAAUCAGCUCAAUAACGUAUCACCGUUGGCUAACUCAGCUGAUGUGUGUUCUCUGCUUCGCUAUCAGAUGUAUUCAAAUCACCAGAACAAAACCCUCUAUUGUGAUGUAUCACCCGGUUCUUGCACGUAUUAACAGCUCUUUGUACUAAAUGUGACUGUCUGUUGGCCCCGCAAGGAAUAAUAGAAUAAUAUUAAGCAUUUUGUAUCGUUCUAGUUCAAGAGAGGCUGACAAAACAAAUUGCAUUAGCAAUCAACGAGGCUCUGCAGCCAAUGGGAGUUGCUGUGGUCAUGGAAGCUUCGUAAGUAAUCUGCCACAAUAAACUAAUUGUAAACAGAUUUAUGUCUCUGAAGUCAAAUGUAGCUAAUUGAAUAGAAGUCUGCUGGGAGUCUGGCUAAGCUAUACUUGCCAACUGUCCAAAAAAUGGCAGGGCAGUCUUGACACAGGGCCAUUGCAGUGCUGGUUAUAAAUGCAUGUACAAGCCUUUUUACAUUGAUAAUUGGUGAAUUAUUCAGACUCUGGAAUUUUGGCCUACGUGUUACAAUUUGUAGUGAGCAGUGCCUCAAAUAUAACACAACUUUAAAAUAGACUACAAGGUUUCAAACUUUCAAAUUGUACUUAUAAGUAAAACAGAGAGACAGCAUUUUGACCUGUUAAAGAUGAACAGGGUCUGAAUAAAAGGCAAAUGUACUAAACAUCAGAAAACUCAAAGAAGGAGGAAUGUUGGUAAAUCAAGAUACUUUGACAUAGGAAAGUUUUUUAAAGUAUUACCCAUUCCACAUUUUAUUUUAGAUUUAUCUACAGUAAGAGAUCGAGUUCACUUCCAUUAUCUUCCUUUCUUCACUAGCACAGCUCAUUAGACUGAAAAAUAUUAAUUAUGAUAGCCAUAAUUAAAUCUGAUCACCAUAAAACACAACAUGGCAGCAUAGGAACAUAUUUACAUAUGUUGUUACUUUAAUUGAUUGAAAUAGUUUUGUGGUUUUAUUUUGUGUGUGAUAAAUUUACUCUUCUUUAAAUUUCAACUAACUUGCCAAAUAGUUCAUUACAAUUGUUUGGGACUCAAUAUUUUGAUUUUAAAUUAACGUAUUUCAAUACAAAUUAUUGUUCGAAUUAGUUUACCAUCAGUAGACAUGUUUCAUGGAAAUCCUGACAAAAACCCUUCUGUUUCCACAGGCACAUGUGCAUGGUAAUGAGAGGAGUACAGAAGAUGAAUAGCAAAACUGUGACAAGCACAAUGCAUGGGAUUUUCAGAGAUGAUCCCAAGACAAGGGAUGAAUUCCUAUCACUCAUCAAGAAAUAACAUAGAAACGUUUGUGGGAGGAUAAUCCUCAUAUUAUUGCAAUAGUUUUGUUUUACACAAUUCAUACGCGUUACUGAAAUUGUAUGCAAUGGUGCUAACUAUAAAACUCUUGUUUUCUUACAAAUCAAAAAUAUUGUCCACUUGAACUUGUAAAUUCUAAAACAUUUGACUCAAUAAACUGUAUAUUUUAAAACAAUGUGUAACUGUGUUUAAAGGAACACUACGCUGUCCAAAUUUGUUCCUUGGGGGUAAAUCUAAAAAGAGCUUGCAAAAACUGCAGUUCUCAUGUCUGAAGUCUUCCCCUUCUAAUCCCUCACAGACUUCCCAAUGCAGCUCAAAGAGAAAGAGGGGGUAUAACAAGGUUUAUUUAUAACAGUGCCAAUUUCUAUUGAAAUCUGCAAUUUUGGUAAAAAACAAACAAACAAAAAAAAGUAGAAGAGGACACAUCACAUAUAAAGCACUUCAACAAGCUGACACACUUUAGGUGUUGAGUAUCCCUUUAAUAUUGUUAUAAACCCCCAAGAAAACUCAAAGCAGGGACAUUUGGUUUUAAACCACACGAGUUCGAGAAUUAUAUGUUAAAGCAGCCAAGCUAAGCUAGAAAAUAAAUUUGGUAAAUAUGUCUAUUUUGACCUAAAACUCUUUUCUGGGACCAUUCCAGGUUAACUGAAUAUUCCUGACUAGUGCCAAAAUGCACAGAAAUGAAGAAACACAAAAUGUUGGAUAGUAUAGGAAUUUCACGGUUUAAUUGAUUCAGAAUAUAUUAUGAUGUGUUUCCG